AUGGACAACGCCUAUGCUCUCCCCAUCGACGCGGUCCUCGCCAACUUCAAAGUCGAGGAGCACAACGGCUUGACUGAUAAUCAAGUCACGGAGCUUCGAAACAAGCACGGCCGCAAUGCGAUCCCCGAAGAGCCUCCUACUCCCCUCUGGGAGCUGAUUCUCGAACAGUUCAAAGAUCAACUAGUCAUCAUCCUCCUUGGUUCCGCCGCUGUCUCCUUCGUCCUCGCUCUGUUCGAAGAUGAGGGCGGCUGGAGUGCCUUCGUCGAUCCCGCUGUCAUUCUCACAAUCCUCAUCCUCAACGCCGUCGUUGGUGUAUCCCAAGAAAGCAGUGCCGAGAAGGCCAUCGCCGCUCUGCAAGAAUACUCCGCCAACGAAGCCAACGUCGUCCGCAACGGUGGUCACGUAUCCCGAGUCAAGGCCGACGACCUUGUUCCUGGCGACAUUGUGUCCGUUUCCGUUGGAGAUCGAAUCCCCGCCGACUGCCGUAUUGUUUCCAUCGAGAGCAACAGCUUUUCGGUUGAUCAGGCUAUCUUGACCGGAGAGAGCGAGAGCGUUGGAAAAGACUCCACCGCGGUCGUCAACGAUGAUAAGGCUGUUAAGCAGGAUCAGGUCAACAUGCUCUUCUCGGGAACCACUGUUGUUACUGGACGUGCAAAGGCCAUUGUUGUCCUGACUGGCUCCAACACCGCUAUUGGAGAUAUCCACGAGAGCAUCACCGCUCAAAUCUCUGAGCCUACCCCCUUGAAGCAGAAACUCAACGACUUUGGUGACAACCUGGCCAAGGUCAUUACCGUUAUCUGCAUCCUCGUCUGGCUGAUCAACAUUCCCAACUUCAACGACCCCAGCCAUGGCAGCUGGACCAAGGGUGCUAUCUACUACCUCAAGAUUGCCGUCUCCCUGGGUGUGGCUGCCAUUCCCGAGGGUCUUGCGGUUGUCAUCACCACUUGUCUUGCUCUGGGUACCCGUAAGAUGGCGGCUAAGAACGCUGUUACUGGUACGCUCACCACCAACCAGAUGAGCGUCAACAAGGUCGUCUAUCUCAACGAAGCCGGAACCGACUUGACCGAACUUACCGUUGAGGGCACAACAUACGCCCCCAAGGGUAACAUCACCCUCAACGGCCAGAUUGCCGAGAACCUUACUGCCUCUUCUUCUACAAUCCUCCAGAUGGCCGAGGUUGCCGCUCUCUGUAACGACGCUCACUUGGCCUAUGAUUCACGUACUGCUGCCUUUUCCAGUGUUGGCGAGUCGACUGAAGGUGCCCUCCGAGUUCUUGUUGAGAAAAUCGGACCUUGUGCCCCUACUGGAACUGCUCUUGAAGACUGUGGACACUUUGCUAGCGCUGCUCACGAGAAGAGACUUCCCCGGCUCGCCACCUAUGAGUUCUCCCGUGACAGGAAGAGCAUGUCAGUCGCUGUUCAGAAUGGUUCCGCCAAGAAGCUGCUUGUCAAGGGAGCUCCCGAGUCUGUCAUUGAACGCUGCACAAGCACCAUCAUCGGUGCCAACGGUAACCGAGUCCCCCUGAACGAAAAGCUCCGUAACACUCUGCUCAAGGAAGUUGUCGAAUAUGGUAACCGAGGUCUUCGCGUCAUUGCCCUGGCUAGCAUCGAUGAUGUUUCCCAGAACCCGUUGUUUGGCCACGCCAAGACUACCGAACAGUAUGCGCAACUGGAACAGAACAUGACCUUCCUUGGAUUGACUGCCAUGUUGGACCCUCCUCGCCCCGAAGUCCCCGCCUCUAUCAAGAAGUGCAAGGAUGCUGGUAUCCGUAUCAUUGUCAUCACUGGCGACAACCGCAACACCGCUGAGAGCAUCUGCAGACAGAUUGGUGUCUUUGGCCAGCAUGAAGAUCUCCAAGGAAAGAGCUAUACCGGACGUGAAUUUGACAACCUCAGCCCCAGCGAGCAGCUGGAAGCGGCUAAGAAGGCCUCCCUGUUCUCUCGUGUUGAGCCCGGCCACAAGUCCAAGCUGGUUGACCUCCUCCAGUCUCUCGGUGAGGUUGUUGCCAUGACCGGUGACGGUGUCAACGAUGCCCCCGCUCUGAAGAAGGCUGAUAUCGGUGUGGCCAUGGGUUCUGGAACGGAUGUCUCUAAGCUGGCUGCCGACAUGGUUCUGGCUGACAGCAACUUUGCGACCAUUGAGGUGGCCAUCGAAGAGGGUCGCUCCAUCUACAGCAACACCCAACAGUUUAUCCGCUACUUGAUCUCCUCCAACAUUGGCGAGGUUGUUUCCAUCUUCUUGACUGCUGCCCUGGGCAUGCCCGAGGCGCUGAUCCCCGUUCAGCUGCUCUGGGUCAACCUCGUCACAGACGGUCUCCCCGCCACGGCUCUGUCCUUUAACCCGCCUGACCACGGCAUCAUGAAGCGCCACCCUCGUAGGAGAGACGAGCCCCUCAUUGGUGGAUGGCUGUUCCUGCGUUACCUGAUCAUUGGCACCUACGUUGGUCUUGCAACCGUUGCCGGCUACGCCUGGUGGUUCAUGUACAACCCCGAGGGCCCCCAGAUCACCUUCCGACAGCUCUCCAGCUUCCACCGCUGCUCGACCGAGUUCCCCGAGAUUGGAUGCGAAAUGUUCAGCAACGAAAUGUCCAAGUCUGCCUCGACCGUGUCUCUGUCGAUCCUGGUUGUGAUUGAGAUGUUCAACGCCAUGAAUGCCCUGUCAUCCAGCGAGUCGCUCCUCACCCUUCCCCUGUGGAACAACAUGAUGCUCGUGUACGCCAUCGCCUUGUCCAUGGCUCUGCACUUUGCUCUCCUUUACACACCCGUUCUGCAGAACCUGUUUGCCAUCCUGCCGCUGAAUGCGCUGGAAUGGCAGGCAGUCACCAUUAUCAGCGCGCCUGUAAUUCUUCUUGACGAAAUUCUCAAAGUUGUUGAGAGACAGUUCUUCAUGCAGCAGAAGCCGGCUGACAAGGCUAUCAAGGCGAAGAAGGAGGAGUAG